AUGGCCCCGGCCAGUACAGCAACCGCUGCCGCCAGCCAUCGUGGCCACGCGGAGCGACGACGCGGUGCACUACGCUGCCAUGCACCGGCUGGGACUGGGGGUCUCGUUCCUACCGUCGAGGACGUGGCAACCAUCUCUGGCAAGUAUUUCAAGUGGUGCGAAGAGGCCGGUUGGACGCCGCAGCCUGACGAGGUGGUUUUCCGGGGCAGCAUCUAUCUUGCCGAGACCGACGAGAAGGCCUGGGACUGGUUCCACAGACAGGAGGACCAGGGCCGGGCCCGCGGAAUGGCGAUGCGCUCGUCGGUGGCGCAGGUCAUCCAGGCCCAGAGGACAGGGCAGGACAUCGAUUACAGCCACGUAUUCGCAGGCAGUGCGUCCGGCGACAUCGUGGGUGCCGCACCGGCGCUGACAUUCGUCGGCGGGCCGGACUCGAUAACGGAGCAGAUAAAGGCCUACCACGACCGCUGCGGGGCCGGGGUCAUUGACCUGUUCUUCCAGCAGCCCAGCCUGAGUCAUGGAGACAUCAUGGACGAGAUCGAGCUGUUCGGACGGGAAGUCCUGCCCAGAAUCAAGGAGUUCUAA